AUGAGACCAGCAGAUUCAGUGGGAGUUCAUAUAGAUGAGAUCGAGCGUACAGAAGAAGAGGCAGAACCAGAAUCGGAUGAACCGAUUGCUGAGAGCAGCACGCCUCUGGCACUGGGCCGAGAACCGAGGAUGAGAAGGGUCCCGGAUAGCGAUAGCCAGAGUGCAAUCCAUCUGGCAAAGAACCUCGCGUUUCACUCGCGAACGAAGCACAUCGAGGUUAAGUAUCAUUUUAUCCGGCAACUUCUAGAGAAGAAGAUGCUGCAGCUAAAAAAGGUUCGGGGAGAUAGGAAUCCUGCAGAAAUGUUGACCAAGGCGGGGCGUGGCGUGGAGGUCGUUCACGAGUCCCCCGGGAGAGCGUACUUGAUGUUCACCCUUAUGGACCCAUCCGAGCCCAUGUACUGCAUGCUGGGUCCAUCGGGAACCCUGGAGGAGAGGACAUGGUCCGACGAGAAGGGGAGUUGGGUGGUGACGUGGCAGUCGACGCAGAUCGAGUGCGAGUCCUAUAACAGGUGUGGCUCCUUCGGGAGGUGCAGCACCGUGAUGGGCCAGGCAGCUUGCUCGUGUUUCCCGGGGUUUGAGCCGAGGGACCGGAGGCAGUGGGAGCGCGGGAAUUGGUCAGGCGGCUGUGUGAGGAGGACGGGGCUCGUGUGUGGGAAUGAGAUGCGGAAAGGGGACGGGUUUGUGAAGAUGGAGAGGGUGAAGCUACCUGACAAUGGUCGGUGGUUUGCAAGAUUCGAUGAGGAGUGUGGGAGGGACUGCUUGGAUUGUUGCUCGUGCGUGACAUAUGCUUUAGUAAAAGGGAUGGGGUGCAUUUGGUGGUCGGAAGACUUAAUCGAUGUGCAAGAAUUGAAGAAUGGUGGUUCGGAUCUCUAUGUUCGGCUAGCACUCUCGGAGCUAGGAAAAAGUAAACACCGCACAUUAAUUAUAAUAGUCACAUUGGUGGUUCUGGGGGUUGUGAUAACUAUCCUUGUAUGUGCAUACUGUCAACGAAAGGUGUUGCUUAAGUUCACAGUUAAAGUCGAGGAAUUUAAACUAUUCAAAUUUCAAAUGCUGUCGAACGCGACAAGCCAGUUUGAUCCUGGGAAUAAGCUUGGACAGGGGGGCUUUGGUCCAGUCUACAGAGGAAAAUUACCUAAUGGACAAGAAAUCGCUGUAAAAAGACUAGCGAGGUCAUCCCACCAAGGGCAGGAGGAGUUCUUGAACGAGGUUCAAGUGAUUUCUAAGCUACAGCAUCGCAAUCUUGUUCGACUCCUCGGUUGUUGUGCGUACUGUGAAGAAAACAUGCUUGUUUAUGAAUAUUUACCCAAUGGAAGCCUUGAUGCUUACAUCUUUGGUUCACGUAAACGAGAGUUUCUUGACUGGCAAACACGCGCAAACAUCAUUGAGGGGAUCUGUCGAGGUUUACUUUAUCUUCAUAGGGAUUCAAGGCUAAGAAUCAUCCACAGAGAUCUGAAGGCUAGUAACAUUUUACUCGACACGAAUCUUAACCCAAAAAUUUCAGACUUUGGCACAGCAAGAAUAUACUGUGGCAAGGAAGAUCAAGCUGCAAAGACAAAAAGGGUCGUCGGGACAUAUGGCUACAUGUCCCCAGAAUACGCGCUACACGGGAUGUUCUCGGAAAAAUCGGAUGUUUACAGCUUUGGUGUCCUGAUAUUAGAGAUUUUGAGUGGCAAAAGUGCCAGUUUCUACCAUGAAGAGCAACAGAUGUUCCUAAUAGCAUAUGCGUGGAAACUGUGGAACGAAGAGAAGAUACUCGACUUUGUGGACCCACUAAUGACGUACGCUGAUCCCUUUAAGGAAACGGAUGUGGCGAGAUAUGCAAAUGUGGGCCUAUUGUGCGUGCAAGAAACGGCAGUUGACCGGCCGGGAAUUUCUAAUAUUCUGUCUAUGCUGAGUUGUGAAAUAUCCGAGCUCCCUCGUCCGAAACAACCCGCUUUUGUUGCCGUGCAGAGGUUGUCUGAAACACGGCUCGGUCGUGAGAGUCCUAGUCAAUGUUCUGUCAAUGAUGUUACGGUUACCGUUGUUGAAGGGCGGUAG